AUGUGUAUCCGGCCGGCUCGGCGGCGGCGUCAACAGCGGGCAUCGGUGCCGUUAGUCACUCACGGCACGUUCUGCUUGUUAUAUUCGUUUUAUUUAAUAAAAAAACAAUUAAAAGUCGACACAUAUACAGAGGGACGACGUCGGUCGGGAUUGUUCAGCCGGCGAGGCGUGCUCGGCAAAACAAUCACAUUAUUAUUUUCCCGUGUAGGUAUAUUGUCGCAGCGGCGAAUGCGCACACGCACGUCUGUGACGCGAGCGACCGCGCGAGUGAGACGCAGACAGAGUGAACCGCGGUCGCAGGCUAUCGGCAAUCGGUGUGAGAGAGAGAUAGUGAAGAGAUUCGCGAUCGACGACGACGAUGAUGAUGAUGGUAAUAAUAAUGCGGAUAAUCGGUUGUGCUGCAGCGGGGACGCCGCCGCGGCCGAUAUGCGUGCGGCGACGGCGGACGACACUGGUAUUGAAUCUGUAAACGCGAAAUGA